UUGGUCGAGUGUCUCGGCCCGGGGGGGGGCUAACAUUUGUGAAUGGUUUCAUACUGACUGAGAUCUGUGAAACGAUUGAUGAUGUUUUAUCAGCACUUUAGCAGAUGUUGUUUUUAUUCGAUGUGACGUUCUCCGGGGCUGGAUUGUAACGGUGAAACGAUGUCGGAUCCGGAAGGCGCGCGCAGUCCAGACCAGCUGAAUAGAUUCGAGAAACUGACACACAGGCCGCCGCACGAGACGCUAGCAGGUCAUCGUACUCCCCCUGCCCGCAGUGGACACCGCUGUGUUGCGGACAACACUAACCUGUAUGUGUUUGGAGGGUACAACCCUGACUACGAUGAGUCAGGAGGCUCAGAGAAUGAAGACUAUCCGCUGUUCAGGGAACUGUGGAGGUACCACUUUGCCACCGGCUGCUGGCAGCAGAUUCGAACAGAGGGCUAUAUGCCCACAGAGCUGGCGUCUAUGUCGGCGGUUUUGCACGGCAACAACCUCCUAGUGUUCGGUGGCACCGGGAUUCCCUUUGGUGAGAAUAAUGGCAACGACGUACAUGUUUGUAACGUAAAGUACAAGCGAUGGUCACUGCUCAACUGUCGGGGGAAGAAGCCCAACAGAAUCUAUGGACAGGCAAUGGUUAUCAUAAAUGGCUUCCUGUACGUGUUUGGAGGGACGACGGGUUACAUCUACAGCACAGACCUGCACAGGCUGGACCUGAACACCAGGGAGUGGAUUCACCUCAAACCCAACAAUCCUCCGGACGACCUGCCUGAGGAGCGGUACAGGCAUGAAAUAGCACAUGACGGACAGAGGAUCUACAUUCUGGGAGGAGGAACGUCCUGGACAUCCUACCCUCUGGACAAGAUACAUGCUUAUAAUCUGGAGACCAAUUCCUGGGAGGAGAUUACAACUAAACCUCAUGAUAAAAUAGGGUAUCCUGCUCCUAGGAGAUGCCAUAGCUGUGUACAAAUACGAAAUGAUGUAUUUAUCUGUGGAGGCUACAACGGGGAAUUGAUAUUGGCUGAUCUGUGGAAGAUCAACCUGCAGACUUUCCAGUGGAGUAAACUACCAGCAGUGGUGCCGGAGCCGGCCUACUUCCACUGUGCUGCUGUCACCCCAGCUGGCUGUAUGUAUAUCCAUGGGGGCGUGGUGAACAUUCAUGAGAACAAGAGAACUGGCUCUCUGUUUAAGAUCUGGCUGGCUGGGCCCAGCCUGCUGGAGCUCUGCUGGGAGAAGCUCCUCAAGGCCUUUCCCCACCUGACUUCACUCCCCACAAUGCAGCUGCUCAACCUGGGCCUCACACAGGAACUCAUUGAACGCUUGAAAUAGGGCGCACAGUGAGGACGGACAAAUGAAUGGAUGGGACAGAGUGGACUGGGAGGAGUUGAGAAUUCAAUUCAUAGCAACAUUCUCUGGAAAACGCCCUCUCCUCUCCCCUCCCUUACGUAGCCCCGCCUUAAAACCAAAAACAAUGGGAUGCCUUUUUUGUUGCUUUUUUUUUUUUUUUUUUCUUUUUCAGUGAAGAUAAAUUAAUUCAAUGUGGAAUGUUUUAUGGAUUUUACCCAACUCCCUCUCUUACAUGACGCCUUUGUGUCAUGCUAAACAAGAUUUCCCACUUCUUAUCCUCCAAACUGUGACAGCUGGAAAUACUUUAUUUUGCCAGGCCAUUUUUUUCAAGGACCGUCUCUCCCGUGUAAAAAAAACAAAUCUGCCUUCUCUUCUACUUUUUAAGAAAUAUGGGCAAAGGAAGAAUGCAUGUGUAUUUAUUUGAAUGACUACAUUUUUUCCCCUCAGUUUUUGUCAUCAUCUGAUAUUGCUGUUUGCACACUUUUUGUCUUGCAUAUUUGUGGACAUUUACAUUUACAUUUUUCAUCUUUUUUUUUAUAGAUCUUAUAAUCGGGUGAUCUUUAGUCUAAAACAUGGCAGGCAGUAGUUUUGCUAAAUGAUCAUACCAGUGUUUUUGCACAUUAUAGACAAUUUAAUUAAAAUCUAAUUCAUCAUUUUUGUUUCCGCCAACCUUUUAGUUUUCUUUGUCUAAUGAUUUUGCGACCUUCCAGGCAGCCUUUUUAUUUCACUUAUCUCCUUAUGGUAUGAAAAUCAACUUUCAGAAGCUUGAGUUGCUUUACAUCAUUGCAUAGUCAAUCACACUGAUUUCUGUGUUUUUAUUGUUGAAGUUAUGUUGUAUUGCAUACAUUUGGCAUAAAUUAAAGCAGCCAUGAUAUUCACUUUGAGGGAUUACUAAUCUUAAUUGUCUUUCUAAGUUGUUUUCAUACUAUAUUAAUGGAAACCAGUGUCUGCCUUGAAGGAAGGAAAACAAUUUUUUUAGUAUCAGUUCAAGUAUGGAUGCCUUGAAAAUGGUCACGAGUAGUAUGCUGUUUGUGGUAAAUUAGCUCAAACUUGCAGAAACACUGUUCUUAAUUAGUGAAUGGAGGAAAGUUUCAAUGCUGGAUUUGCCUACGUCUGAGCACUUGUAUUUUCUUUAGUUAUGUUACAACAUAGUCCACAGAAAUGUUUAAUUGCUAUGCCAUUUGCUUUCAGCUCUCAUUUGUAAACCAAACCAUGCAACACAUCACUGUGAAUCUGGUGCUCUUUCAAAUUAAUUCUAAAUGCUUUUAUUCGAAUAAAGACUUCAUUCUGUUAA